AUGACAUAUGGUGAACGCUGGAAGAACAUGCUCUCCUAUGCAACCACAACACUGGGAUAUGAAUUGCUUGGCAGUAGAUAUACCAACUACGAGGGUGCUGCACCUGGUUUUUCGAUAGAGGUUAAGGAUAGUGAUGAAAUUUCGAAUAGAUUACAGCUGAUUACUUCAGUAGUACCGAUCAUGCUGAAUAUCGCCUGCACUUACUGGAAGAAUGUAAAACCAUUUGUGAUGCUGGACAGUGGAAACGACGUGAUGAUAUUUCAGAGUGUAUUGCCGAAGAGUGUGUUCGCAUUUGUGAAUUCCGAGGAAUUUUUCGAGUAUCCACGACCAAUAAGUCAUAAAACCAUUUUCAUUGGCGGCAUUGGUGUGAAAAAGGCAAAACCACUAAAUGAAGAAUACAAGGAGAUAAUGAAUAAUGCAAAUGGGCCUGUUGUAUUGGUGUCGUUUGGUUCGGUGGCUAAGAGUGCAGAAAUGCCAUUGCAUAUAAGGAAUGUUUUUAUUGAGACAUUCACUCGAUUGCCUGAGGUGACAUUCAUUUGGAAGUAUGAAACGUCUGUUGCUGACGAUAUUGUUGCUAAUCUAACGAAUGUGAUAACCAAAAAAUGGGUUCCACAAACGGAUUUAUUGGCACAUCCCAAACUGCGUGCAUUUUUGACUCACGCUGGUCAAAACAGCGUAACGGAGAGUAUUCAUGCGGGUGUUCCAAUGGUGUGUAUACCGUUAUACGGUGAUCAACAACGCAAUGGAAAGAUAGCUGAAAAGAAGAACGUUGCAGUGGUGCUUGAUAAACGAGCACUGCAUGCCGAUCUUCUCACUGAAGCAAUACGAAACGUUCUUUACAAUGGCACACGUGAACUGAGCGAGGAGAAACUCCAUUAG